GGAGAAAUGGACAAAAGCGGGCGGACUGCAGCUCUGCAGGACAGCGGGUCAGCGGUGGCUGGGCAGCACCUUAGAACCAGGCAGGCCCCCCUCUAGGAUGGUGUCGAGAGCACACCUGCCUCUCACCAUGAGUCUCGACCUCCACUACCAGCAGCUGAGCGAUGCCCGGUGGACGGAGCUCCUGCCUCUCAUGCAGCAGUACCAGGUGGUCAGGCUGGUCGACUGUGGCAUCACGGAGGGGCGCUGCAAGGAUGUGAGCUCCGCGCUCCGGGACAACCUCGCCCUGACCGAGCUCAGCCUCUCCUCCAACGAGCUCGGCGAUGCCGGCAUACACCUGGUGCUCCAGGGCCUGCAGCCCACCUGCAAGAUCCAGAAGCUCAGCCUCCAGAGCUGCAACCUGUCCGAGGCGGGCUGCGGGGCCCUGUCCAGCGUGCUGCGCUCCCUGCCCUCCCUCCGCGAGCUGGACCUCAGCUACAACCAGCUGAGGGACGCGGGCCUGCAGCUGCUCUGCGAGGGGCUCCUGGACCCCCAGUGCCACAUCGAGAGGCUGCAUCUGGAGUACGGCAACCUGACGGCCGCCAGCUGCGAGCCCCUGGCCUCGGUGCUCAGGGCCAAGCGGGAGUUGAAGGAGCUGGCGGUGAGCAACAAUGACAUCGGCGAGGCUGGCGCCCGGACGCUGUUCCAGGGCCUGGCCGACUCCACCUGCCCGCUGGAGGCAAUCCGGCUGGAGGGCUGUGGCCUCACCGCGGCCAACUGUCAGGACCUGUGUGGCAUCGUGGCCGCCAAGGCCUCGCUGAACGAGCUGCAGCUGGGCAACAACAAGCUGGGGGACGCGGGCAUCGCGGAGCUGUGCCCUGGGCUGCUGAGCCCCAGCUCCAGGCUCAAGACCCUGUGGCUCUGGGAGUGUGACUUCACGGCCAGUGGCUGCAAGGACCUCUGCCGGGUGCUCACAGCCAAGGAGAGCCUGAAGGAGCUCAGUGUGGCUGGCAACGAGGUGGGGGACGAGGGCGCGCGGCUGCUGUGUGAGAGCCUGCAGGAGCCCAGCUGCCGGCUGGAGUCCUUGUGGUUGAAGUCCUGCGGCCUCACAGUCGCCUGCUGCCCGCACGUGAGUGCGAUGCUGGCCCAGAACCGGAGCCUCCAGGAGCUGGAGAUGAGCAACAACAACUUGGGGGACGAGGGCAUGGAGCUGCUGUGCCAGGGCCUGCGCCAGCCGGGCGUGACCCUGCGGAUGCUCUCGGUGGGGGACUGCGAGGUGACGGACCAGGGCUGCACUAGCCUGGCUGCCCUGCUGCUGGCCAACCACAGCCUGCUCGAGCUGGACCUCAGCAACAACUGCAUGACCGAGGUGGGCGUCAUGAAGGUGGCCGAGAGCGCCCAGCAGCCCAGCUGCCCCCUGGAGAAGCUGGUCCUGUACGACAUCUACUGGAGGGAGGACACGCAGGACCUCCUGCAGGCCAUAGAGGAGAAGAAGCCGAGCCUGAAGAUCAUCUACUGAGCCCCGGCCCCUGCCCCUGCCCCAGCGGUCGAGGGGCUGGCCAGCUCUCGGGGUCACUCCUGGUGCCUUAGCCAUAACUGAAGGGAAAUGCUCAAACCAGCUUCUGUAAACAUUCUGGACACUUUAUAAUUAUUAAAAUGUUUUGGGUAGAAGGUC